AUGGUAACUGAUGAUGCAGAGAUGGCAGAGUUGCUGAAUGCCUUCUUUGCCUUCAGCAGCGGCGGUGUGCCCUGCACAGGCAGCGGCGGUGUGCCCUGCACAGGCAGCGGCGGUGUGCCCUGCACAGGCAGCGGCGGUGUGCCCCGCACAGGCAGCGGCGGUGUGCCCCGCACAGGCGGCAGCGGUGUGCCCCGCACAGGCGGCAGCGGUGUGCCCCGCACAGGCGGCAGCGGUGUGCCCCGCACAGGCGGCAGCGGUGUGCCCCGCACAGGCGGCAGCGGCAGCAGUGUGCCCCGCACAGGCAGCGGCGGUGUGCCCCGCACAGGCAGCGGCGGUGUGCCCCGCACAGGCGGCAGCGGUGUGCCCCGCACAGGCGGCAGCGGUGUGCCCCGCACAGGCGGCAGCGGUGUGCCCCGCACAGGCGGCAGCGGUGUGCCCUGCACAGGCGGCAGCGGCAGCGGCGGUGUGCCCUGCACAGGCGGCGGCGGUGUGCCCCGCACAGGCAGCAGCGGUGUGCCCCGCACAGGCGGCAGCGGUGUGCCCCGCACAGGCAGCAGCGGUGUGCCCUGCACAGGCAGCAGCGGUGUGCCCUGCACAGGCGGCAGCGGUGUGCCCUGCACAGGCAGCAGCGGUGUGCCCCGCACAGGCAGCAGUACACAGCCAGUGCCCAACCCCAUUGCCUACUUCCUGCACCGCUCCCCGUGGUGGUUCCACCGCUUGGAGGCCCUGGUCAAUCACUUCAUCGAGCUGGUGGUGCCCUUCUUCAUCUUCCUGGGGCGCAGGAUGUGCCUCCUGCACGGCCUGCUGCAGAUCCUCUUCCAGGUGCUUCUGAUCCUCAGUGGGAACCUGAGCUUCCUCAACUGGCUGACCAUCAUCCCCAGCCUGGCCUGCUUCGACGACCGCAGCCUGGGCUUCCUCUUCAGCCGCAGCCCCGGGGGGCUGAGGCAGCGGCUGGCACGGAUGCAGCUCAGGCAGGCCUCUGAGAAGCAGCUUCCCCUGGGCUGCCACGUCCGCAGGGUGGUGAACGUCUCCUUCGGCCUGCUGGUUGCCUACCUCAGCAUCCCAGUGGUCCUGAACCUGCUCAGCUCCAGACAAGUCAUGAACACCUCCUUCACCCCUCUCAGGAUAGUGAACACCUAUGGAGCCUUUGGGAGCAUCACCAAGGAGAGAACAGAAGUCGUCCUUCAGGGCACAGCCAGCCUGGAUCCCAACGACCCUGCUGCUGUCUGGGAGGAGUAUGAGUUCAAGUGCAAGCCUGGGGCCCUGAAGAGGAGGCCAUGCUUCAUCUCCCCCUACCACUACCGCCUGGACUGGCUCAUGUGGUUCGCUGCCUUCCAGACCUAUGAGCAGAACGAGUGGAUCAUCCACCUGGCUGGGAAGCUGCUGGCCCAGGAGGAGCAGACCCUGUCCCUGCUGGCAACCAACCCCUUUGCAGGCAGAGAGCCCCCACGGUGGAUCCGAGGAGAGCACUUCAAGUACCGCUUCAGCCGGCCCGGGGGCAGGCACGCCGCCCAGGGCAGCUGGUGGCUCCGCAAGAGGCUGGGUCCUUACUUCCCCCCUGUCAACCUCCAGGGCCUGAAGAAGUUCUAUGAAGCCAGGAGCUGGCCAUACCCAGUGGGGAACUGAUGGAGGAGGACAAGCAAGGCCAAGAGGGACCAGCUGGGGGAGAGGGGCAGCAGGCAGCUGCCUGGGAAGGACACAUCUCGCCUCUC